AUGUCUCGCCCAGUUUCGGUGGAAGACCUAAUACAGCAAAGCUUAGAAGCAGGGAAACCCAAAUUUAUACCUAAGAAAAAAAGGGGCCAACUACAACAAGCAAAAAGACGUGAGAUAACGAAGAAAAGGCCACUUGUUGACGAAGAUGCCGAUGCUGCUCCAUCUAAUGUAGACCAGGAGAGAACGAAAAAACAUCCCAAGAUCUCCAAAAACAGCAAAUACGCAUUUGAAUGGAGCCCAGAAGAAGAUACCUCCGAGUCGUAUAAACCCCUAGUGACAUUGGAAACAGUUCAAAAUGGAAUGUCUGACCAAAAGAACCCAGCACAUUGGAGCGAAAAGAGUUUGGAGCAUAUGACGCCUAGAGACUGGCGGAUUUUCAAGGACGAUUUUAACAUUUCCGCCAAAGGGAAUAAUAUCCACAACCCAUUACGUCUGUGGGACGAAGAGCCACAACUUCCUACUUCUAUCGUUGAAGUCAUCACGCAAAAGCUAAAGUAUACUGAGCCCACUCCAGUGCAAAGAGCAGCCAUACCAGUGGCUCUACGUCAUAGAGACGUUGUUGGAAUAGCCGAAACAGGCUCAGGGAAAACUUUAGCGUUCUUGCUUCCGCUAAUCACAUACAUCCAGAGCAUUGAACCAGAGUACAUGAAGUACGAGCAUUCCAAAGAGGAUAAUGCAAAUAGAGCAUUAGGGCUCGUUCUAGCUCCAACACGAGAGUUAGCUCUACAAAUCACAAAAGAGGCGGAGAAAGUAGCUGGCCCUCUUGGUCUUUCUGUGGUUACUAUCAUUGGUGGCCACCAGUACGAGGAAACCGUGCAUUCUCUUCGUAAUGGCGUUCACAUAGUGGUUGCUACACCGGGAAGAUUAGUCGAUUCUUUAGAGAGAGGCAUUGUGAGCCUAGAAAAGUGCUAUCAUUUGACUAUGGACGAGGCUGAUAAAAUGAUCGACAUGGGAUUCGAAAAGUCGCUUCAAGCAAUCUUGGACUAUCUUCCAAGCUCAGAAAGUCUUCAGAAAUCUAUCGACUCACGAAUCUUCCGUGUUUCAAAGAGAACGACUUUAAUGUUCACAGCUACCAUUACGCCGGCGAUUGAGAAAAUCACAAAGCAAUACUUGAUCGAUCCAGCUUUUCUCUAUGUUGGCGGUGCGAACGAAGUUGUGGAAAACAUCUCACAACAGUUUGAGUACAUGGGAGAAGAGACUGUCCAGGACUUUGACGAAAAAAGGUUUGCUCUGUUAGUGAGGAUUCUCAAGGCUCAAGGGCAUGAUAUGUCGGUGAUUAUUUUUGCUAAUUUCAAGCGAACCGUGGAGCAACUUGCUGAAGAGCUAGAAGGAAAAGGAUUUCCUAAAGUUGCUGUGGUCCAUGGCUCGAAAACGCAAGAGGCACGAGAAAAGGCUAUUGAAAGCUUUAGAGCUAAACGAGCAAAUAUUCUCAUUGCCACUGAUGUCGCAGCAAGAGGAUUAGACGUUCCUCACGUUUCGUUGGUAGUGAACUACCACAUGAGCAAGAAAUUCGAAGAAUACAUUCACCGUAUCGGAAGAACCGGAAGAGCAGGCCAGAAGGGAGCAAGUUACACAUUUGUCGAUGGCGGAGAUAAAGACACAUUCCCGGAGUUGAAAAAAUUCCUCAGCAGAGGCGGAUAUAGGAUUCCCGAGUGGUUGAAGCGAAACCUAGUCGCUUGA